UCAAAGUCCUGAUAAGAAAAGCCAUCGCAAGUCAACAAGUCUUCCGUCAACUGUGCCUGUCUUUCCUUGACGGCCAUUAAAAUACCUCACAAAGCUUUACUUUCCUCACGGUUCUCAUCAUAAUUACCCAGAAGAAGAGAAAACCAUGUCUCUCUUCUAUCUCCUUUUCUCUCUUAUUCUUUUCUUAGGCCCCUCACCAUCAUCACAAGAGAACCUCACUUCUUUCUCCUCCUUAAAAUCCCCAUGGCUUCCGACCCAGGGCAAGAUCCUGCUCUCUCCCAACUCCACCUUUGCUGCCGGUUUUCGGGCUCUGAAGAAUGGUUUCACCUUCUCAGUUUGGUAUAACAAUUUGCAGACCGUUGUUUGGUCGGCUAACAGGGAUGGUUCUCCGCUUUUUCUCUCUAACGAAGCCUCUCUGGUCAUCACAUCCACUGGUGAGCUCCGCCUGACCAACUCUUCUUCAGGCACGAACUUGUGGCCUGGUGGAGCUAUAGGAAAUUCGAAUUCCAUUUCACUUGCCUUGAAUGAAACUGGGAAUCUUGUUUAUGGCAACUGGGAAAGCUUCAAAUAUCCAACUGAUACUUUCUUGCCUACCCAGAUCAUGAACAUAAAUGGAACUGAACUUGUCUCGAAUAAUGGUAAGUUCCAGUUUUCGAAUUCCACUUCCCUUGUUUUCAAUAAAUCUGAAACUUAUUACACGGCAACUAGCUCGUUACAACAGCUAACGACGGAUGGCAGCGUGGCACAAGUAAACGGAGCUUCAAUAAUUUCUGCUGAUUUUUCUACUACCGAUUCUCGGUUGCGGAGGUUGACACUUGACGACGAUGGCGUUCUAAGAAUAUACAGUUUCGAUCCAAAUCUGGGUCAAUGGUUUGUUGCUUGGCAGGCAAUUCCAGAACUCUGUAAAGUUCAUGGGCUUUGUGGGCCGAAUGCUAUCUGUACGAGCGAUGGCUCAAAUACUACUUCCUGCGAGUGCCCACCAGGAUUCAGGAAAAGUUCUGCAAACAAAGAUGCUUGUGAAAGAAAAAUUCCUCUCUCCAGAAACACCAAGUUUCUUCGGCUCGAUUAUGUCAAUUUCACUGGUGGAUUAGAUCAGAGGGACCUGAAGGUCAGAAACUUCUCUACUUGUGAAGCAAGCUGUUUGAACAAGACGAAUUGUCUGGGUUUUAUGUUCAAGUAUGAUGGUCAAGGGUACUGCGUGCUUCAGCUUGAACGAAUGCUAUAUGGGUACUGGUCUCCAGGCACCGAAACCGCCAUGUUCUUGCGUGUGGAUAGUUCCGAACAAGAUAAAUCUAAUUUCAGUGGUAUGACCAGUGUGUUGGAGACGACAUGUCCUGUUCGAAUCAGCCUCCCUCUCCCACCAGAAGAAUCCAAUACUACGACAAGAAAUAUUGCAAUAAUCUGCACAUUAUUUGCCGCUGAGCUUAUUUCUGGGGUACUGUUCUUUUGGGCCUUUUUGAAGAAGUACAUCAAGUACAGAGACAUGGCUCGGACAUUAGGCCUGGAAUUUCUUCCUGCUGGUGGACCUAAACGGUUCACAUAUGCAGAGCUCAAAGCAGCAACUGAUGAUUUCUCCAAUGCUAAUGCUAUUGGGAGAGGUGGAUUCGGUGAUGUUUACAGAGGAGAACUACCUGAUAAGCGAAUUGUUGCCAUUAAGUGCUUGAAACAUGUCACCGGAGGCGAUGCUGAGUUCUGGGCAGAGGUUACUAUUAUUGCCAGGAUGCAUCAUCUCAAUUUAGUCAGGUUAUGGGGCUUUUGUGCUGAGAAAGGGCAGAGGAUUUUAGUUUACGAGUAUGUGCCUAAUGGAUCCCUUGAUAAGUACCUGUUUCCUGCGGGUCAGGUUGCAUCUUCAGGAUCGGAGAUGGAGAUGGGUCCUGUGGCUAUUGACGGCCGGAAACCCAUACUCGAUUGGGGGAUCAGAUACAGGAUCGCACUUGGUGUGGCAAGAGCAAUUGCAUACUUACAUGAAGAGUGUCUGGAAUGGGUUUUGCACUGUGAUAUCAAGCCUGAAAAUAUACUCCUGGGUGAUGAUUUUUGUCCAAAAAUUUCAGAUUUCGGGUUAGCCAAGUUGAGAAAAAAAGAAGAUAUGGUAAGUAUGUCUCGGAUCCGGGGAACUCGUGGAUAUAUGGCACCGGAAUGGGUAAGAAGCGAUCCGAUUACCCCUAAAGCCGAUGUAUAUAGUUUUGGCAUGGUGCUAUUAGAAAUUGUAACUGGAUCUAGGAAUUUUGAGAUCCGAGAUUCUUUGAUGGAGAGUGAAGAUUGGUACUUCCCCAGAUGGGCAUUUGAUAAGGUGUUUAAGGAAAUGAAAGUAGAUGACAUUCUGGAUCGUAAGGUUAAGCAUUGUUACGAUGCUAAGCUGCAUUUUGACAUGGUGGAUAGGAUGGUGAAGACGGCAAUGUGGUGCCUUCAAGACAGGCCAGAGACGAGGCCGUCGAUGGGGAAGGUUGCUAAGAUGUUGGAAGGGACUGUGGAGAUCACAGAACCAAAGAAGCCUACCAUCUUUUACUUGGGAGACGAAUAAGUUAUUGUCUAAGCAACAAGUUUCUAAGUAAGUUUAAUAAAUUGUGCAUUGUGGUAAUGCUAAUUGCUAAGGACAGUAGGCUUUCACUAUUUUUUUUUAUUUCUUUUUUACUGUUUUUGGACUUCUAUUGUAUAAUCCUUUCUGUGUAGUAAUUGUAAUAUUCAAUUAAACCUAAUUAUAUUUCAGACACUUAGAAUCA